AUGUCGCACUCACCCUCCCCAGCCCCUUCGGGCUCCCCAGCGCCCUCAGGGUCGCGACACAAAGCGACGCCAGUAGAGAAACAGCGUAGCCAGCUGGAGCGCUUGUUGAAAGACCCGUCGAAGCCUGCGUUCAUUCCGGCCGCGCCCAAGGCGAAGGAGAUCAGGCCGCCGAGGGAUAUGAUGAAGAAUGUGCAGGGCAGCAGUGCCGGCGCAGGUUCAGGAGAGUUCCAUGUUUACAAGGCGAGCAGGAGGAGGGAGUAUGAGCGGUUGAAGGCGUUGAGUGACGAGUCGCGUGCAGAGCAAGAGAAGGCUGAGUUUGAGGCGAAGAAGAGAGCGAGGGAGGAGGAGGCUGAGGCGAAGACAGCGAAGAACAGGGCGAAGCGGAUGAAGAAGAAGGGCCGGGCGAAAGGAAAUGGCAAAGACGGCGAGGGUCAAGCCGCUUCUGGAAACUCUGCCGGUACGGGUGGUGGUGGGAAUGAGCCGCCGUUGAAGAAGAAGAGGAUGGUCAAUGGCGCGGUGGUCACGUUCAGGAAACCGGGCGAGGGGAGUGGGGACGAGAGCGACGGGGACGAGGGUGACGUCGGGCCGGCGCCACCAGCCGAGGUCUCGAGGACGAGUGAGGUAGUGUAUGUUAGCUGUACAUCACUAUAUUGCCGGACACCCGGCUCGUACUCGCUUGCCAGAUGGGACAUAAAAUAUCUUUACUUUGGCAAUGUCUUCCGCAUCAAGAAGCUCGGCGUCUGGAGCGUCCGCGCCUCGUGCUUCGCAGGUUUGAUUUGA